CACAGACACACACAGAGACAGAGACAAAAACAAACCUCAGAUCCUUUGGGAAUCCCAUAAUUCCUCUAUAACAACCACCAUAUCUGACUCUUUAUUGGAUUGUUACUAAUAUACAACGUAGGUAUAUACCUAAUCUCCUUCUAUUUCUCUCUCCAUAAUCCAAAACUAGUUCCCUCUGUCUCUCUCUGGAACUCAAACCUGUCUUGAUUGAAAGCUAAGUCUCUCUUUGAUACACAAAAGUGUAAGUGUGAAUGUGAAGAAAACGACACCAAAGGAUACCCAGAAAGUGUUCCUUCAAGACCCAGCAAAAUCCAUGCCUCUGGUUCCUGAAUAUACACUCUCUUCAAUACCAUCAUGACCAUUCUCAAUUGAGUUUUUGUGGGGUUUCUGUGAUCUAGGUAUUUCAGCUGAAAAUGGGUUGAGGUUUGGUGCAAUGUGGGUUGUAUUGGAGCGUUUCUAGCUGUACCGGCUGGGUAUUCUUUCGAAUCUUGAAAGACUAUGGCGUUGUUCCGGAAGUUCUUCUAUCGGAAGCCCCCAGACGGGCUUUUGGAGAUCUCUGAAAGGGUUUAUGUCUUUGACUGCUGCUUCACCACGGAUGUUUGGGAGGAAGAUGGAUAUAAAGUCUACAUAGGAGGAAUAGUAGGUCAACUCCGUGGACACUUCCCUGAUGCUUCAUUCAUGGUCUUCAACUUCCGAGAAGGAGAGAACCAAAGUCAAAUUGCUAACAUAUUGUCCGAGUAUGAUAUGACGGUGAUGGAUUAUCCACGACACUAUGAAGGGUGCCCAUUACUCACAAUGGAGAUGAUCCACCACUUUUUAAGAUCUAGUGAAAGCUGGCUGUCACUUGGGCAGCAAAAUCUGCUUUUGAUGCAUUGCGAACGAGGUGGAUGGCCAGUUUUGGCUUUUAUGUUGGCUGCCCUCUUGGUUUACAGAAAGCAGUACACUGGGGAACAAAAAACUCUGGACAUGAUUUACAAGCAAGCACCUCGGGAGCUUUUGCAGUUAAUGUCACCACUGAAUCCAAUGCCUUCGCAACUGAGGUACCUUCAGUAUGUCUCCAGAAGAAAUGUCGGCUCAGAAUGGCCUCCACUGGAUAGGGCACUUACCUUGGACUGCGUCAUUCUUAGAUGUAUUCCUAACAUGGAUGGAGCAGGUGGUUGCCGUCCAAUAUUUAGGCUAUACGGACAAGAUCCUUUUAUGGCUGCUGAUCGGACCACCAAAGUUCUGUUCUCAACUCCAAAGAGAAGUAAACUUGUUCGGCAUUACAAGCAGGCAGAUUGUGAACUUGUUAAAUUUGACAUCCAUUGCCGUGUCCUAGGUGAUGUUGUUCUUGAGUGUAUUAGUUUGGAUGAUGAUCUGGAACGUGAAGAGAUGAUGUUUCGGGUUAUGUUCAAUUCAGCCUUUAUAAGAUCAAAUAUUUUGAUCCUUAACCGUGACGAAAUUGACAUCUUAUGGAAUGCUAAGGAUCAAUUUCCCAAGGAUUUUAGAGCAGAGGUUCUUUUUUCGGAGAUAGAUGCUGCUACUCCUCUUGUUCCAAUUGAUUUGCCUGGUAUCGAGGAGAAAGAAGGCCUUCCUGUGGAGGCAUUUGCCAAGGUUCAAGAGAUGUUCAGCAAUGUGGAUUGGCUAGAUCCAAAGGCGGAUGCAGCACUAAGUGUGCUCCAACAAAUCACAGCAUCCAAUAUCCUUCAGGAAAGAUUGGAUACCUUUUCUGUGUGUGCUGCAGAAACAGGUAGCUUGUUGCCAGAUUCAACUCCUGCAAAAAAAAAAUCAGAAACCAAUGCCUCCGAAAACAACGCCAGGAGUCCCUCAUCGAUGGCUGUGCUCCAACAAAUCAAAUCAUCAAAUGCCCUUCAGGAAAGACUGGAGACCGUUUCUGUGCCUGCUGCAGAAGGUAGCUUGUUGCUGGAUUCAACUCCAAAAAAUCUAAAAUCAGAAUCUAAGGCCGCAGAAAAAAACACCAGAAGUCUCACGUUGAUGGCUCAAGGGAAACAAUCUAUUCACUCUUUUAAACCAUCUCUAGAUUCUAUUUCAGUUGAGAAGAAGAUUGAACCCCAAGAGUUACAGAUUGCCCUCCAACGGCCUGCCAAGUCUAAGAUCAUAUCUCAAAGAGGACCUCCAACUCCCCUAUCAGCUCCAGUUUCAUAUGCUGGUUCUUUGCAAGGCUCACCUCUGCCUAUAUCAAGAUACCAUAGUGCACCCUCGGCCCUUGGCAUUACAGCUUUGUUGCAUGAUCAUGCCACAUCUAAUAGUGAAGAAGUCAAGCAUGCGGUGACAGUAUCUUUACCUUCCCCUGCUACUUCAGCUUCUUCUAUUUCAAAUAUAACUAAACCUGUAGAGCCAAUUAAUGUGCCUAUUGCUUCAAAGCUAGCACCUUCAUUGUCCCCUUUCUCAGUGCAAUCUUCAAUGGAUGCUCUUAUAACUACUGGAAAAACUUCUGCUGCUCCUCCAUCUCAGUUGAUGUCUCCACCAAUUUCAAGUACGAUAGAUUAUUCACCUCCCCAACAGGCCGGGACCAAAAUACAGUCAUUGUUGCCUCCUCCCCCUCCUUUUUCAGGGGCAUCUCCAUUGUAUGCUACCGAGAGUUCACAUUCAAUCCCCUCCCCCCCUCCUACUCCAUCUUCUUUUUCAGGGUUAUUCAAGAACUCAUUUUCAACUCCUCCGCCACCUUCACCCCCUUCUUUUUCUGGGACAUCCUCAUCUUCCACUAUCAAAAAUUCAUUUUCAACCCCACCUCCUCCUUCACUCCCUGCGGUUCCUACAUUAGAUGCUUGUGCUGUUCCUUCUGCAUUACAUAUGAAGAACUCAGCAACUACAUCUGCCCCUCCUCCACUGCCUCCACCUCCUCCACAUUCUGGGCCUGCCUCAGGUCCUACUAGAACACCUUCAGCACCUUCGCCACCCCCUCCUCCUGGUUCUGCUUUGAAGGAUUCUUCCCUAAAGAACUCUGUUCAUGUUCCGCCUCCACCCCCUCAUGUGAAGAACUCAGCAGCUACAUCUGCCCCUCCACUGCCUCCACCUCCUCCAUAUUCUGGGCCGGCCUCAGCUCCAACUAGAACAUCUUUAGCACCUCCGCCACCCCCUCCUCCUGGUUCUGCUUCGAAAGAUUCUUCCUCAAAGAAUUCUGCUCAUGUUCCGCCUGUACCACCCCCUCCAGUUCCUUUUGCUGGGUUAACAAAAGCUGGUAGUGCCUCUCCACAGUCUCACUCGGGAGUUAGAAAUGGAAAUGUACCUCCAAAUAUUCCUGGACCGCCUUCAGGUACUUCAUUCAGUCCAAAAGGAGUGGGCCUAUCACGCGCAGGUCCCAGACAUCAAGCUCAGCCUAAAAAGAGCAAUCUUAAGCCAUAUCAUUGGUUAAAGUUGACAAGAGCCAUGCAAGGAAGUUUAUGGGCCGACGCACAGAAAGCUGAUGAAGCUUCCAAGGCUCCAGAGUUUGACAUGUCAGAACUUGAGAGUCUUUUCUCUGCAGCUGCACCAAAUUCAGAUCAUGGAAGUGCAGGUGGAAAAUCAAAUCGUCGUGCCUCUGGAAUGAAGUCUGAAAAAGUUCAGCUGAUUGAGCUAAGGCGGGCCUAUAAUUGUGAAAUCAUGCUUACAAAAGUUAAAGUUCCUUUGCCUGAAUUGAUGAGUUCAGUCCUUGCCUUGGAUGAAUCAGCACUAGAUGUUGAUCAGGUUGAGAACCUCAUAAAGUUCUGUCCAACGAAAGAAGAGAUAGAAUUGCUGAAGGGUUAUGGUGGAGAUAAGGGGAACUUGGGAAAGUGUGAACAGUUCUUCUUAGAAUUGAUGAAAGUGCCACGGGUGGAGUCAAAGCUGAGAGUUUUCUCCUUUAAGAUACAAUUCCAUUCUCAGGUUUCUGACCUUAGAAAUAAUUUGAAUGUUGUCAAUUCUGCAUCUGAAGAGAUCAGGAAUUCGGCCAAGUUGAAAAGAAUCAUGCAAACCAUCCUUUCUCUGGGUAAUGCUUUGAACCAUGGAACUGCAAGAGGUUCUGCUAUUGGAUUUCGAUUGGAUAGUCUCCUUAAACUCACUGAUACACGGGCCCGGAACAAGAAGAUGACACUCAUGCAUUAUCUUUGUAAGGUGCUUGCUGAAAAGUUGCCAGAACUUCUAGAUUUUCCAAAAGACCUUGUGAGUUUGGCAGCUUCAACAAAGAUACAAUUGAAAUAUUUGGCGGAGGAAAUGCAGGCCGUUAGUAAGGGGCUGGAGAAGGUUGUACAGGAAUUAACUGCCUCAGAAAAUGAUGGUCCUGUGUCAAAUAACUUUUGCAAGAUUUUAAAGGAGUUCCUUGGUUUUGCUGAAGCGGAGGUGAGGUCUUUGGCUUCACGUUAUUCUAGUGUGGGUAGAAAUGCAGAUGCAUUAGCUCUUUAUUUUGGGGAAGAUCCGGCCCGUUGCCCAUUUGAGCAAGUCGUAUCGACUCUGCUCAACUUCGUGAGGAUGUUUGUACGAGCACACGAGGAAAACUGCAAACAGAUUGAGCUUGAAAAGAAGAAGGCCCAGAAAGAGGAAGAAAAUGAGAAGGUGAAGGUCGGUACACCCAAAAAGGAGUCGGUACACCUGCGGACUGCCAUCAGGAGUGGAAACAUCAAUUGAUCAAGGAUUAUUCACUCUACAUUCACCUGAGCAACACAAGAUAAUUGCUGCUUGGAUGGAAAACCCAUACAAGGAGUGAGAAUACAAACUACAAACCGCAGCAUUGAUACUGAUGGCAUGGAGAAUAUUUAAUCUAAUGGCAACAAUAAGUCAGCGGUUAAUGAAAAUGCAGGUGUACAACUGGGGAGAUUUAUUUCAAGCAUGAUGCUGGAGCUGAAGGAGUCCUGUUGGAUGAGCCACUUUUAAGAUGCUCUUAAUUAUUUUUGCUGUAACCGCGGCGGGGUUUCGUCAUUGUUUCUGUAUAUUUUUUGAAUGAUAGGCAGGUGUACAAUCGUUUGAAUGCAUGUACAGAAAUAAAAUUUCAUUGAGAAGAUAUGAUAAGCUCUUGAAAUAGGUUGUGUUUUGGCACCAAAUAAGAAAAGAA